GGUCAACCAGAAUAUUUAUGACACCGUCAUAGGAUAUGCUGGCAGGACGAGGAGGCUUGAGGAUGUAGCUGUCUAGAGCCCCGGUGUAGCUGCAGAUGGACCCAAGCUUCAGCAUAUUAGCAUGGUGACUAGCUCUCUGCCAUUUCCUCCUGACCUCGAGGAACAGCCAUGUCAUCAGAAUCAAGUAAGAAACGGAAACCCAAAGUCAUCCGAAGCGACGGAUCCCAAACUGAAGGGAAGCGGAACCGCUCAGACACCGAGCAGGAAGGAAAAUACUACAGCGAGGAGGCGGAGGUGGACCUGCGGGACCCUGGCAGAGACUAUGAGCUGUACAAGUACACAUGCCAGGAGCUGCAGAGGCUUAUGGCUGAGAUCCAGGACCUGAAGAGCAGGGGCGGCAAGGAAGUGGCAGUUGAAAUUGAAGAACGGAGGAUCAAGAGCUGUGUGCAUUUCAUGACGCUAAAGAAGCUUAACCGAUUAGCCCACAUCAGGUUGAAGAAAGGAAGAGACCAGACCCACGAGGCUAAGCAGAAAGUAGACGCCUAUCACCUGCAGCUACAGAACCUGUUGUAUGAGGUGAUGCACCUGCAGAAGGAGAUCACCAAGUGUCUGGAGUUUAAGUCAAAGCAUGAAGAAAUUGAUCUGGUCAGUUUGGAAGAGUUUUAUAAGGAGGCUCCGCCAGAUAUCAGCAAGGCUGACGUCACCAUGGGAGACCCUCACCAGCAGACUCUGGCGCGUCUGGACUGGGAGCUGGAGCAGCGGAAGAGGCUGGCAGAGAAGUACCGAGAGUGCCUGUCCAACAAGGAGAAGAUUCUCAAGGAGAUAGAGGUGAAGAAGGAAUACCUGAGCAGCCUACAGCCUCGCCUCAACAGCAUCAUGCAGGCUUCCCUCCCAGUGCAGGAGUACCUGUUCAUGCCGUUCGACCAGGCUCACAAGCAGUAUGAGACAGCUAGGCACCUGCCGCCUCCACUCUACGUGCUCUUUGUUCAGGCCACUGCCUACGGGCAGGCCUGUGCUCAUAUGAAAUCCUCCUCCCAGCCCCCUAGACAGGAUAAGACGUUGUCUGUGGCGAUCGAAGGCAGUGUGGAUGAAGCCAAGGCUCUGUUCAAGCCUCCUGAGGACUCUCAAGAUGACGAGAGCGACUCUGAUGCCGAGGAGGAGCAGACCACGAAACGCCGGCGGCCCACGCUGGGGGUUCAGUUGGACGACAAGCGCAAGGAGAUGCUGAAGCGGCACCCGCUGUCUGUCAUGCUGGACGUAAAGUGUAAAGAUGACAGUGUGCUUCACCUGACCUUCUACUACCUCAUGAACCUCAACAUCAUGACAGUGAAAGCCAAAGUGACAACCGCCACGGAGCUGAUCACUCCCAUCAGUGCAGGGGACUUGCUAUCUCCUGACUCAGUCCUGAGCUGUUUGUAUCCCGGGGAUCAUGGGAAGAAAACUCCGAAUCCAGCCAAUCAGUAUCAGUUUGAUAAAGUUGGCAUCCUGACUUUGAGAGACUAUGUACUCGACCUGGGUCACCCUUAUUUGUGGGUACAGAAGCUGGGUGGCCUCCACUUCCCCAAAGAGCAGCCCCAGCACACUGUGGUUGCUGACCACUCGCUGAGCGCUAGCCACAUGGAGACCACCAUGAAGCUGCUGAAGACCAGGGUGCAGUCCCGCCUGGCCCUCCACAAACAGUUUGCAUCCCUGGAGCAUGGCAUUGUACCAGUUACCAGUGAUUGCCAGUACCUCUUCCCUGCCAAGGUUGUCUCUCGCCUGGUGAAGUGGGUGACGAUUCCCCAUGAGGAUUAUAUGGAGCUCCAUUUCACCAAAGACAUUGUGGAGGCGGGACUGGCAGGAGACACCAAUCUCUACUAUAUGGCGCUCAUCGAAAGGGGCACAGCCAAACUGCAGGCUGCUGUGGUGCUGAACCCUGGCUACUCCUCCAUCCCACCUGUUUUCCAGCUCUGUCUGAACUGGAAGGGGGAGAAGACAAACAGCAACGAUGACAACAUUCGGGCCAUGGAGAGCGAGGUCAACGUGUGCUACAAGGAGCUGUGCGGCCCCCGGCCCAGUCACCAGCUCUUGACCAAUCAGCUGCAGCGGCUGUGCGUGCUGCUGGACGUCUACCUGGAGACCGAGAGCCACGAUGACAGUGUGGAGGGGCCCAAGGAGUUUCCCCAGGAGAAGAUGUGUCUGCGGCUUUUCAGGGGUCCCAGCAGGAUGAAGCCGUUUAAAUAUAACCAUCCUCAGGGAUUCUUCAGCCAUCGCUGACCUCCUGCUCCAGCUAUCAUUUUCCGCAAAGCACCGCCAGAGUCCAGGGCCUCUGCUUCCUAUUGUAUUGCACGUGUGGCUCAUGGUACUCUCCAAAGACACCAAUUAAAGUGUCCCCUGACCAA